AUGGCGGAUCCUAGGCCCCAUCGAACGCACCGUGUUACACGCUCGCAAUCUCGCGUCCUGCCCUCUGGCUCAGUAGUGGCGGAUGAUGAUAUUCCCCCACGCCCAAGCUCUGCUCACGAUCGCCCGCCAGGAGCAUUUGAGAGCUCUAUUAAUGAGCCCGAUCCUCCUGAAACGCCGUUCCGAUUCGAAGCUGGAUUGAAUACAGCUCCUGACACAGUCAGGCCUGCGGCCCGACCUACCCAACCUACCCAAUCUACCCGAACCACCCGACAGCUCAGUGAGGCUGGUUCUCAUCAUGAUGAGGCGGCUCGACGUUCUGAGGCCUUGCUUUCCGACGAGGUCUUGUCGGACGUGCAAUUGCAACGCCUCAUGAUGACCUUUGAGAUGGAGAAGGAGAGGCGUAAGAUCAUGGAGGAAAAACGGAAGGCUCUGGAAAUCGAGUUAAAACUAGAAGAAAUGCGUGCUCGCAGAGCCGCGAAUAACCCUCAGAAUGCUGAUAAUAAUACACCGACUACUCCUACAGCCCGAACGCACACAUGGGACCCGGAUCUUGGUGAAAGAUUGGAGUAUAACCUCUAUGAUCCGGACAGCCGUGUCGGCAAGGCAAUCGCCCAAUUUAAAGAAGAUGUAAAAUCAAUGACCAAGCCGAACGCUCUGACCGGCACGUCAAAUUUCCUCACAUGGAACGCGUCAAUGAAGACCAAGCUGGUUGACGCGCAGUGCUGGGGUAUAAUAGAAAAGCAGCAGGUUCAGAACCCCCUGCAGGACCCCGAAUGGGCUCCCUUUUGGGACGCCCGAAACCGUUGGACCUACGCGUUCAUUUCGAACUCUUUGGGUGCGAACGUCAGGCCACGUUUCAUAAAAAAUGAUGAGAAUAGGAUUGCUUACACCCUCUGGCGGGCAAUUGAGGAGGAAUACUCUAUCCCCAAGACCCAGCUCCGCCGAGAGGCAGUCCUAGAAUUCACAUCGCUUGGUGGCACUCAGGUCACUAACGUGCACAGUUUCUUUGAUAAGUUCCGUGCCGCGAUCAUGAAGUUGGAAAUGAUGGAUGCUCACCCGCCUGACGCGUGGGUAUUUGACAUAUUCUAUUCCGCCCUUCCGAACGUUUGGAGGGGUUAUGUACAGAAGAAGAUUGAGGAGGCCCAAGAGUCCAAAUCGACACCGGUUGUAUUGGACGUUCACCUUCUCAUGGAGGAGAUCCGAUCUCGAUUGGACCCUCCAAAAGAUAAAAAGCCCGCACAAUCGGUGGAUACAGCUGCCAACGCUGCCCAAUCGGGGGCCACAGCAGCUGCCGAUUCCGCGAACAAUAAUAGCGCGAAUACAUCUAACUCGGCCCGUGGAGGUCGUUCCGGACGCGGUCGUGGCGGCUCCCGCGGCAGUGGCCGUGGUGGAGCUGGCAAUCCGCCGACCUGCUCCGAGUGCAAUAGAUCCCACUUCGGCACUGUCUGUUGGUUUACGAAUCCCGACCAGGCGCCCGAUGAUUGGAAGGCCAAUAAUGCUACUAAGUUAAAGGAGUUCAAAGAGAAGAAGGAGAAGGCGAAGAAGGAUAAGGACAAUAGUGGGGGCAAGACCCAGUUAGUGAUUACGGACGGGUCAGAGUCCUUUCAGAUGGCGAACCUUGCAAAGGUUAUAAACGUGCCGGCCUGCUUUGUGGAACCCCACAAGGAGCCCCUAACCAUAUGGGAUAGCGGCGCUGGCUGCCAUAUCGCGAGCGAUAGAUCACGAUUUUCGACGCUUUUUACGAUCGACGGUCCUACGGUCCAGGUGGCCAACAAGGCCGUUCUGAAGGUCCAAGGCGUCGGCAUGGCGUCCAUCCCAGUCGGCGAGAGGUUGAUUGAAUUCAAUCACGUAUACUACGUGCCAGGACUGUCAGCUAACCUCAUCUCCGCUGGGCUUAUGGAACGCCAGGGCUAUAUUCGCCGUGAUAUGCACGUUGACGCUGGAAAUUAUUUUGAGUUCCUGUCCCCUACUGGCAAUGACGUGUUCUAUGCCAACCUUUCCCGCAAUAAUAUUUACAUCCUCUCCGACAGUCCUCCGACGUUUGACGGCGUUAUGAAUGACCAAGAAUAUGGGGCGGUCGCGUACGUGGCUGUUCCGAAACCAAAGACAAUUUCAACGGAUUAUGAUCCGAACGCAGGGUCCCUAGGGCCGUUCAACCGUGAGGAGGUUGAGCAAUUGAUUAACCCCAAGGAUCCGGAUACGGAUUCCUUCGUCAUAUCCCCACCUAACCGACUCCCUGCCGUGGUCCCGAAGCAACUGCCGUUUGAUGAAUGGCACCGUAGAUUGGGCCAUAUCGGCGAAAAUAAUAUAUUGAAGAUGGCCAGGGACCCUCGCUUCGGAAUUGCCAUUAUCGGCCCGAAGAAGUUGUCAUUCUGCGCCACGUGCGUCAAAGCCAAGCAGAGGCGCGCUACGUAUAAGAAUUCCGCACCACGCCGUGCCACUCGCAAAGCUCUUAAGAUUUGGGUGGAUAUUUUCGGCGGAGGUGAGACCCUAGGAACCGAAAAUGACAUAUCCUCCUACGCCGGCAAGAAACUUGCCAUGGUCAUUACAGACGACGCAACGCGAAUGAGAUGGAUUUUCCUACUGGAACGCAAGGAUGAGACGUUGAAAUAUUUACGAAUCUUCAACCAAUUCAUCAAGAACCUGCUGGGCCGUGGCAUCGCGAUUAUACACUCCGAUCGCGGCGAAUUGAAUUCGAACGCGGCUACGGCAUAUAUGCUUAGCGAGGGGAUUAAGUGGGAACCCACUCCCCCCCAUACUCCACAACAAGAUGGGGUAUCCGAACGUUCGAUCGGGUUAAUUAUUGAAAAAGCCCGAUCGCUAUUAAUAGACUCUUCCGCUCCCGAAAAGAUGUGGGGUGAGGCGGUUAUUGCGGCCACGGAGCUGCUCAAUCUUAUGCCGACCUCCACGAUUCUAUAUGGCGGUCCCGAAAAUAUGAAGCCGAUUACCCCAUAUGAGGCAUGGCUUGGAGCGCUCCCGUCGGCCCGUGGAAUCCGCCGUUGGGGUUGCAAGGCGUUCCUGAAAAUAGCCCCUAAGCCCACGAAUAAGAUGGCUUCCCGCUCAUUAGAGCUAAUUUUUGUAGGUUACGAUGGCUUUACCAAUUACAGGUUGGUUGACCCUUCCAAUGGGCGUCUAUAUAUAUCCAAAGACGUCAUUUUCCAGGAGGAUCUUCACCUUAUGGAUCCGUCGGCCCCAGCCACUGGGCACCCGAAGACCCUACCCACGGCGGCCCGUCAGGCGGCUGCAGCGAUUCCUUCGCCGAUUCCUUCGCCGACUCCUGGCCCGAUUCCUUCAGUUAAUGACCUAUUCAUCGAUGAAGAAGUCCAACCCCUCCGUCCGCUAUUCCUAGUUCCCACCAAUAAUUGGUGGAUAGACUAUGAAAUAUCAGCGAGAAUACCGACCUUUUUGGUGCAGAAUACACCGAUUUCCCCUAGCCCUCCUAUUGAGAUUGAGGAUACCCCGACAAUUACAGGGAAUAACGAUUCAGUGGGGGAAUCUUCAGUGGGGGACGGUUCCGAUGAUCUGCCUUCCGAUCCCGAGAUAUAUGGGUUGCCGAUUCCGAAGAAUCUCACGCGCGCUAAGGCUUCCCCUGAGUGGAAGUUCUACUAUAAGGCCUGCGUUAAAGAGGUUAAUCGCUUAAAGCAAAUUGGGGCCUGGCGAUUAAUUGAAAGAACCCCUAAUAUGGCGGUCCUUCGGGGCCAAUGGGUGUUCGACAAAAAGUUCAAUAAUAUGGGCAAAGUAGUCCGCUAUAAGGCCCGCUGGGUGGUCUGCGGCAAUUAUCAACAAAAGGGUGUCAACUAUUCGAAGACCUUUGCACCCGUUGUUUCCGCCUCCACGUCCCGAGCUCUCAUGGCAAUCUCGGCAUCCCGAGGGUGGCACGUUCUGCAAAUCGAUAUGGUAACCGCGUUCUUGAACGCCCAACUGCCGGCCGACGAACGGAUAUAUAUGAGCCAGCCUACGGGCUUCCGUGAAGGUCGUGGCGAUCUUGUUUGCGAAUUAAUGCAGGGACUCUACGGUCUUAAGCAAGCAGCGCUUUUAUGGUAUGAGGAACUGCGAAAAAUGCUAUUGCAGUCAGGCUUCCGUGUCAGUCCUUACGAUGCUGGACUGUUCAUUCAUGACGCGAGAAAGGUCUAUAUGACUGUAUACGUGGAUGACGUACGCCUAUACGGCCCGAAGAUCGAAGAUCUCAACUGGGCCAAGGCCGCAAUCGCCGCUAAUUACGAAAUCAAGGAUGUGGGCGAUUCGAACCGAUAUUUGGGCAUGAAGAUUGAGCGGGAUUCGACCUCCCUUACGUUGUCCCAACCCCUAUUUAUUACGAAUCUUCUGGAGGAAUUCGCUAUGGAUGACUGCCACCCUACGUCUACUCCCAUAGAGGAGAACGUUGAUUUCAUGAAUGACAAUGAGGAACCGGUCGCUUAUACGGCGGAAUUUACCCUACGCUCCUAUCAGUCAGGCAUUGGAUCCCUGCAAUACCUUGCGACCAAUACACGUCCUGACGUUAGCUUUGCAGCAGGCUUUCUAGGCCGAUUCAGCGCCCGCCCUACCUCGAAGAAUUGGGCCGCUUUCAAACGUACGCUCCGCUACUUGCAGGGCACGAUUAAUGCGGCUAUUUUAACCUACUACAAAGACGCCGAUAUCGAACCCGUGGCGUACGCCGAUGCCGAUUGGGCCGGUAGGGAUCCGGGAUCCCGCUCAACUACCGGCUACAUCAUAUAUAUGGCGGGGGGCCCCGUCGCCUGGCGAAGCUGCCGGCAGACAGGGGUCUCCAAAUCAUCAACCGAGGCCGAAUAUAUCGCAUCCUCCGAAGCCGCAUAUGAGCUCAUCUGCCUACGGGAGCUCCUAGAAGAUGCCGGUUUCGUGCCGUCCCGCCUCAAUAAUCUGGAUGCCGACGAUCACCCCAACCCACCUCCGGCGAAUGGCCUUGCUUAUACGAUUCAUGCCGAUAACAAGUCUGCCAUCGAGCUAUCCUCUUCCGAAGCGAUUCCGCGCCGAUCGAAGCAUAUAGAGGUCCGAUUCCAUAUCCUUCGGGAUCUCGUCCGCAAGAAUGAGAUAUCGAUCCGGGGGGUAAAAAUUGAUGGAUUUGAUGGCUGGUUUUUUUUUUUUAACUACUUCGUUUUUCCAGUUGUCUUUGUACCUGUACUUGAUUUGAAGGCAAAUUUUCAAUCCUUCAAUCAAGCAAGCUUUACACCUUCCACAUUCUUCAUUACAUACAUCUUAGGUAAACAAUUCAAAUGUGUACCUGGAAGUUCUGGCUUCGCUUAG